UAGUUUAUAAAGUUCCGCCUACAUCAUCGUAUUCUUAUGUGGAACCAGGAUUUGCAGAUGUUGAUAUUUCGAACUUUGAACAACCAAGUCGGGAUGAUAUUGGACGAAGGCGUCAGCACAUAAACUUUGAAGCAAAUGAUCACGUCUCCUCAUGGAACAAAGAACUUCAGCGCAUGGGUCUCGGGUUUGCGACUGAGUUGAUAGACAGCUCCGGCGCCCCCAUAGCGGCGCCUCCUCGGCGGAUACUGAUUCAUUUCGAUCUCAAGGGGGCACCUCCUAAACCCGGAUAUAUAAAACGAGUGAUGCUCGUGGCCAAAUCGCUCGGCGCCACUGGAGUACUUAUGGAGUACGAAGAUAUGGCUCCGUUUACUGGAAGACUGGCGAAUAUUGCGGCAGGAAACGCUUACACAAAAGAUGAUAUAAAGGAAAUUUUGAAAGCUGCUAAAGAGAGCAACUUAAAUGUUAUUCCGCUUGUACAAACUUUUGGUCAUCUUGAAUUUGCCUUGAAAAUCAAAGAUUUUAAACAUUUACGGGAAGUGCCAGAUUCGCCACAGGCGUUAUGUCCUAGUUUGAACGAAAGUUUGACCUUAGUAGAAGAUUUAAUAACUCAAAUGAUGGAAUUGCAUGAAGGUACGGAAAUAACCCAUUUGCACAUUGGUUGUGAUGAAGUCUUCCAAAUGGGCGAGUGCCCUCGGUGCAGAAAUAUACCAAGAGACGAUCUCUUCAUCUCGCAUGUGCUGGCUGUCGCCCAAAUUGUCCGCAGACGUUGGCCAGGAGUCAGGCCCAUUAUCUGGGACGAUAUGCUGAGACACAUUGAUGUCCAUGUGCUCCGAGAAAGUGGCCUUGGAAAAGUAGUGGAUCCAAUGGUUUGGGUGUACGCUCCUGAUGUUUACAGAUUUGUAUCACCACAGGUAUCGUUUUGACCGGCUGGCAGCGUUAUGAUCACUUCGCAGUUCUGUGUGAAUUGCUUCCAUCGGCUGUACCAGUGAUGGCCAUGUGUCUAGCCAUCUGCUCUAAGGGCCGAGUGGACAAGGAGGCACUAGAUGCCGUCAAUACGGCCCUGACGUGCCCUGAACCCAGCGGAGGCAGUGAUAGUCACAGGCACUGGAUUGAUUUGAAUUCAGAUCCGAACUUGUAUUCUGCCUUCAGUCGAUGUUUGUUCCCUGGUCAUCAAUUCUUCAAGUUGAUUCAGAGAUUGGAAAUGGCCCAUUCAGAAACGCAAACUUUUUUGGAAACCACGAAGGUCAAUAGGGCUUGGAUGACCGAUUAUAAUAUUCGAAGAAAUUAUUCAGCACCUCUUCGCAUAGAUGAACUUAUGGCCGAUUCCUCACACAUUUUGGCCAGUUUGACUUCAGUCGCGCGUUCUGCGCCAAAUGCAAUGGAAGAUAUAUUUGAUGACUUUACGAUAGCAGAAUGGGUGGAGCAGAAGGUUUACCCAAUGAUUAAACAAGUGGAAGACUUAGAAGAAAGUGCUAAACAAAUGCGUGAUGUGAAUGUGUGGGCCAAAAGGCCAUUGCCAAAACUCAAAGACCUCUCGAGGUUUGGUAUCCCACGUGUGAACCAAGCCUUAACUUAGAUAUUGAUUUAGUAAACGUAUAAUUAGUUGAUAUCAACUCACACACCACAUCGAAAAAGACUUGUUAAUUGAAUGUACCUUAAAGAGUAAGUUUAGUUGUGAAUAGUAAGAAACUUUGCUAUAAUGAUAUUUUAUAUAAAUGAUAUAAAUAGAAUAAGAAAUUGAAAAAUGGACAUAUUUCAUGAGAACGUGCAUUACCUCUUAUAUGAUUGUGAUUUGU